AUGGUGAUUUCUCUCAGGCAUCUGAAUGCUCUUGAUGAUGCUGUUAUUCGCACAAAAUGGUUGAACUGCAAAAAGGCCAUUUCGGAGGAAAUAGAAAUAGUUAAGCAACUUGAUGCAGAAAUAAGGGCCUUCAAGGAAAUUCCAGGAUCGAGGAGGUCCUCAUCUCCACCACUUCCUACAAAAGCCUUUGUUUUCCAACCAUUGGAUGAAUAUCCAACAUCAAGCGCUUCCUUGGAUGAUCCUGAUGUGUGGAGACCACCUAGUCGAGAUAACCCACAAUAUGGAAGUAGAAGAUCAACUAGGAGCAGUCCAGCUAGUGCACGGAAGUCUUCAGAUGCAACAUGGGCACGCGGUUCAUCUAAGUCUGGAAUUGCUGGCCGCGGUGCCAAGUCUAAUGCAAAUAAAGGUAGCUCAGGUGUUAGAUCCUCAGCUUCCUCUGGGUUGACAGGGAAAAAAGGCAAAUCAACUAGCAAGUCAGACUCGCAGGGUGAUGCUGAAGAAGGAAAGAUAAAAAAGGGACAAUAUGAAGGGCCUGAUCCUGAUUUGGCUGCAAUGCUAGAGAGGGAUGUCUUGGAGACAAGCCCAGGUAUAAGAUGGGAUGAUGUUGCAGGACUAAGUGAAGCCAAAAGACUGCUAGAAGAAGCUGUUGUGCUCCCUCUAUGGAUGCCUGAAUAUUUUCAG